AUGAGGUGCUCACAUCCCGUCAAUGACCUCCAAUCAAGUGUGGAACUGAUUAGGGUGCAGAUUGGAGAUGAACAGCAGGAAAAACUAGUGAUGGAAAAUGAGCUGGAAUCCCUCAACAAAAGACUGGAAGAAGUACAGCAAAGCUAUCUUGAUAAGCUGGACAAGAUCAAGGCUCAAUAUGGUGACCGAUUGAUGGAUGCCACAAACUUGGAACGCAAGAAGAAAUUAAGUGAGUUAAAGUUCCGGAUAAAAAAUAUGGAAAUGGACCAACGAACACAAGCACUUAAAGAAUGGAUGAGCUUCAAGGAGGUGGUAGUUAUGUUCGCUGAGCAACAAGUAAAAUAUCGUGCAGAACAUAAAAAGGAGCAGCAGCUUAAUACUGCCAUCCAAACAUAUAACAAGACCAUCAAACAUGUGGAAGCUGAUUGUACCCAAAAACGGCAAUCAAAAAGAGGUGAAAAUGUACUCUGCUGGUCUUUACCAAGUACAACUAUUCAGGAUCAGAUGAUAAGUGGUACCAGCAAAUUUAGUCAACUUAGUGUGCAACAGAACUUCACUUCAAGUAAAAUAUUAGAUAAUCAAUGGCAAACUGCACAACACUGCCCCGAUGCAAUUAUGGCAGUCACUCGAGGACAAGACUUGCAGCAGUCCCAUACCUCAGUCACAGCAAACAUUCGAGGACAGGAAAAAGCCCAGCAGCUUACCUCAGUUAAACCAGAUAGCCAUAGUCAGGACACACAGCAGCUUCUUGCUCCUCUCACAGCAGAUAGAGAGAGGCAGGACACUGAUAUCAUAGAAGACUACCAGAGGAAUGAUAUUCAACAAUGUCCUAUUCCGGUCACGAAAGACUUUCAAAGGUUGCACAAAAAGCAGUGCUCCUCCCCAACCUUAACACACGAUCAGAAGAUGGACACAGUUUUGGGCUUCACUCCAAAAACAAGAAAUGACCAGAGGGAGGUUAUACAGCAGAGUCUCACAUCAGACAUACAAGGUCAACAGAUGAGAGGUACACUACAACCAAGGCAGAUGUUCAGCAGCAGUCUUUCACGUCUUAAACUAAAGAUGAAAUGAAGAGGAAAGGCAUAAGCACACUAAAACCUGGUCCUCUUGAGACAACAAGGCUGCAUGUUGAGAGGGCUUGCCGACCCAAUGUGUCCACUUUGGUGCCUAGCCUUAGCACUCAAUACCAGCAAGUAU